UCUUAGUGCCUGUAGAUGUUUCUUGAUUUCCGUACUUCAUUUCAUUUCCCAUUCUUGACUGAUUUGAACGGACUACUGGCCAGUAUUGGCUUCCGAUUAUACAGUUUAGCAAACAAGCUGAGUUCUGAAAUGCUAUGGCAUCUUCUUUUACAGGAUUCGGUAAUCAAGGUACUUGAUUUAUUUUAUCAUGAUCGAAACUAUGCAAGAUUCUUUGUGUUGGAAACAAUCGCAAGGGUUCCAUAUUUCGCCUUUAUAUCUGUACUGCACAUGUACGAGAGUUUUGGCUGGUGGAGAAGAGCUGACUAUCUGAAAGUUCAUUUUGCUGAAAGUUGGAAUGAGUUGCACCAUCUAUUGAUUAUGGAGGAGCUUGGGGGUAAUGCUUUUUGGUUUGACCGUUUUCUUGCCCAGCAUAUUGCAAUCAUUUACUACUUUAUGACGGUCUUCAUGUAUGCACUGAGCCCAAGAAUGGCAUAUCAUUUUUCUGAAUGUGUUGAGAGGCAUGCCUACUCUACUUAUGAUAAAUUUAUAAAACUCCAAGGAGAGGAGUUAAAGAAGUUACCUGCUCCACAGGUUGCUAUAGAUUAUUACAUGAAUGAAGACCUAUAUUUGUUCGAUGAAUUCCAAACUUCCAGAACUCCAAACACCAGGAGGCCUAAAAUAGAGAACCUGUAUGAUGUGUUCUUGAACAUCAGAGAUGAUGAAGGAGAGCACUGUAAGACUAUGAAGGCCUGUCAAACUCAUGGUAACCUUCAAUCACCUCAUUCAAAUAUGAGCAGGCGUGAUGAUGAUGUUGAGUGUGCUGUGCUUUCUACCGACUGUGAAGGUUUCGUAGAUUGUUUUAGAAAAUCUUUGACUACAGAUAAAUGAUGUAAGCUCAAAUAUAUUUAUAUCAAAUAUCAGAUGGUAAUUCUAUAAUAGAAUAGUUUUUCUUUUAUAUAUAUAUAUAUAUAUAUAUAUAUAUAUAUAUAUAUAUAUAUGAUAGCACUGACAUCGCAGAAGACGUUCUCCACUUUGUUAUUUUCGAGCUCUACACUUCUGCUUAUUCAGCCUGCAACCACUACAGCUUUACAAUUUUACUUUAAUGUGAUUAAUUCUCCACCGUUGUUAUCUAACCACCUCAAUGACAUUUUUGUAUUUACCAUUCCAACUUUAUUAUGUAUAAAUGCUGUUCUUGUAUGCUUGGGAACUCAUGAAAGUAAUUAAUACAAAAGCUUCUUUUCAUUA